AUGGACCCACAGGAUGACACCAUUUUUGCCUUGUCGUCGGGUGGUGGUGGCGGUGCCCGUCAAUAUCAGGCCACAGCACUGGCCGUCAUUCGCAUCUCGGGACCCCAAGCUCUCUCCACACUUCAAUCCAUGCUAUUGCGUCCCAACAAAAGAACCAUUGUGCCACGACAAGCCACACUCUGCAAACUCUAUACACCUAUUACCAACAAUAACCAAAAUACACCAAGAGUCGUAUUGGAUCAAGCAUUGGUGCUCUAUUUUCCCCAACCACACUCGUUUACGGGAGACGACGUGGUCGAAUUGCAUUGUCACGGGAGUCGCGCCGUGGUGACGGAUCUUCUCGACACCCUUGCUCACUUGCCGGGCCAUCGCAUGGCCGAACCGGGAGAAUUCACGCAACGGGCGUUUGCGAAAGGCAAAUUGGACCUCUUGCAAGUCGAAGCCCUCGCGGAUUUGUUGACGGCCGAUACAUCGCGCCAACGACAACAAGCAUUGACCCAAUUGGACGGGACGCUGUCGGACUGUUACACAUCCUGGCGCCACAUGCUCAUUGGUGGAUUGGCCCAUGCCGAAGCGGUCAUUGAUUUUGGGGAUGAUGAAGCCUUGAUAGAAGAUGACACACAAGCAGAACAAGAAGAAGGUGACAUGCUGUUAAUGACAGAAGAUGUGCAACAAUGGAACAUUUGGGGCAAUGUUCGAGUACAAAUGGCAGAAUUACGUCGUGCCAUGGAAUAUCAGCUGCAAGACAGUCGGAGAGGAGAAUUGGUCCGCGAAGGACUGCGCAUUUGUAUUGUGGGACCUCCCAAUGCAGGCAAGAGUUCCCUCUUUAAUGUAUUGGCACAAAAGGAUGCCGCCAUUGUCUCUAAUAUUGCCGGAACGACACGGGAUGUCCUAGAGUUGAGUCUCAAUUUGGCCGGUAUCAAAUGCGUUCUCAGUGAUACAGCCGGAGUGCGAACAUUUACUUCUGACCAAAUUGAACAAGAAGGCAUUGCCCGUGCCAAAAAAGUGGCUCAACAAGCCGAUGUGGUGGUGGCCAUGGUGGAACAGGGAAAUGCCGUGGCGGGGAUGGAAAUAUUAGAGACGGUCUUGAAGGAUUCCGCCGAUGAGGCACUACUGGAGGGUGAUGAACAUGACAGCAGUAGUGUUACAACAACCCACAAACUUGCCUCGGAAAAUGUCUUAUUGGUGCUCAACAAGAUGGAUCUCGUCAAAGACACAAAUGACAACACUGAUCCAUCUUCGACUAACCAAGACAUUCGUACGUUUGGGAUCAGUUGCCAUACCAAUGAGGGUAUUGAUGCGUUCCUGGAGGCAUUGACUCAAACGGUAACCAACCGGAUCAAUGGUGAUACUGCUACAGCACCCAACAACAGUAACAGCGACAAUGAAGGAAGUCUGAUUACACGGGCACGUCAUCGGCAACAUGUACAAGCGGCUGUAGAAGCGCUGCGGCGAUUUGAUCAUCUGAGUCAACAGGGGACCAUGGUGGUAGAUAUGGCGGCGGAGGAAUUACGGCUGGCGGCAUCCGAGCUAGGUCGAGUGACAGGGGCUGUGGAUGUAGAAGACAUUUUGGAUAAGUUGUUCAAGGACUUUUGUAUUGGAAAGUAA